AUGGGUUUCGAUGACUAUGCUUAUCACAUAUACCAAAAACAUCGUUUAGCAACAGCAUUAGCAAUAAUAAAGUCAAAACCAAAGAAUAUAAACACAGAAGAAUAUUUAGAUAAAUUAAAAUCUGACGUUGGCAAAAUGAAUGACGAUGACGAUGAAACCGUUUGUAGUGAUGAUUUCCUAAUGGACGAUGAUGAUAUGAACGAUAGUGUGACUAUAUUGAAGGAUUUUGAUGAUGAAAUCAUUGGUCAUCUGGUUGGAGGUGAUGAUGGUGGUCAACCAACUCAGACCUCUGAAAAUAACUCACAAACAACCUUUUAUGAAAGCUCACAGUCAACCGCUGAAAAUAUAGCUAAAACUAAUUCAGAUACUGUAAAAACUGCUGAAACUAAUGAAAUAUUACAUAAAAACUUAGUAAUUCAGGUUCAAAAUGAACCUAAAGAGCUAACUACUAAUAUAAGCACUAAUUUGGACCUAAACGCUGAAAUGCAACUUGGUGAAAAACGUCAAAAUAAUUCAAAAGAUAAAACUAUCAACGAAAAUACAGACGCAACGUUUUUUGACUCUCAGGAAACUCAAAUCUAUACAGUUUACGGUUUCAGUCAGAAUUAUACGCAUUACAGUCAGAGUCAAAGUCAAAAUAAUGUUUCGAUUCCAAAACAAUACUUGUAUAAGAGUUUUACUCCUAGUGAAACUAAAAUAUUGAAUGCCAAUAAUGUUCAAAGGAAAGAUAAAAUUGAAAUGGAUAGAUUAAAUGAAAAUAAUAGUAAUAACUGUACAGUCUUUGACGGUAAUAAUACUAUUACAAGAGAAACUAUUAAUAAUACAGGUAAAAAUAAUAAUAUAGAUAAAGAUUUAAAUUCAAAUAAGGUAAUAAGUCAAGAAAAUAACGACAUAUUCAUUGUAAAUGAGAAUAAUAAAGAUUCUAAUAUGAAUAAAGAAGUAAUUGUUAAUAAUCACAGUCAAUAUUCCCAAAGUAUUGACGAUUACUUUUAUGAAAUGCAAAGUUUUCAUGAUAAUAACGCGACAAGUAUGGAUAUAGAUACUGAAAUUGUUGCUGAAAACCCAGUUUCCAAUGUAACUAUAGCAAAUACAGAGAAAUAUAAUGAAAAUAGUGAAUUUAAUAAUGCAAAUCUUUGCCAAUUUAAAGACUUAACUAAAAACAUUGAGAGAAAUACUUAUACAGACGUAAUUUCCAAUAAAAACAAUGACAAUUUCGGACAGAAGAAUACAAAUCUUCUUCAAAAUAAAGAUUUAACAGAAUGUGUUAAUACAAAUACUCUUCAAAAUAGAGAUUUUACAGAAGAUUAUCCAAAAAAGACAUACGAAAACGCAAUUUCGGAUAAAAGUAAUGAAAAUUUCAUACCAAACGACACAAAUCUUCUGCACAAUACCGACUUAACAGAAGAAUGCAAAAUAACGGAAGAAGAUUACGAUUCGGAUGAAAUAAUUUCGUAUAAAGUGCUUGAAGAAUUUAACAAGGUGAAGAUUUUUGUUAGGAGACCAAAUAGAAGAAUGUCUUGUGAUAGUUAUUCUUCUGAUUCGGGCUACAGAAGCGAUUCACAAAGAAGUAAUCGGAGUGGUAAGUGCUACGAUAUUAUAACAGCAUUACAACUAUCAGGAUCUUGGGUAAAUCAGUCAGGCAGUUGCUUGUUCCAUUAUCUACUGCAGUGCCCUCUGGUGGCGUCAACCAGAGACAUUACAGCCGAAAUUGCACAGGUACUAGGUGAAUUAAUAGACAAACUGCAUGAAGAGGAGAAAUAUCCUUCGUUUCUAGAAGAAUUAUUGGAAACUAUAGACGUUACUUUGCAACAAGUUUUUGAGGGGGUAAACAGUGAAGAAAAUGAGUUCCUAAAAAAAGACGAGAGAAUCCAAAGGAUUUUACUACUGAACAAAUCUGUUCACAUACAGAGACAUACAAUAGAAAAAAUCACAUAUAUACUAGAAAUAUUCCAUUCAAAUAUCACGGAAAUCGACUCAAUUUACGAAAUACAAAAUAUAGAUGAAAUAGAAAACGUUUCAUAUAUCUUCCACAUACUAGAAAUUUUACUAAAAAAGUAUUUAAAAAAUAAACAAGUAGAUAGCCAAGUUACAACGCAAAAUUCUCAAGAAAUCUUGAAAAAAAGUAGCAUAACCGACAUUUGGAGGAAAAAAUGGAAUCCGUCUCAAAAAAAAUUGGAGGGUAGUCGUGAAAAGAAAUGCGUUUUAAAGGAACUAAGUGAUAUUUUGAACAAAAUUGUAGUCGACUGCGUAUCUUCUUACAGUUUAGUCGCCUAUUCAGCGCUUAAAUGUUUUAAUUCAAUGCAAAAUUAAAUAAAAAUGUGUAUUUA